UUCUGUUCUUUGUCUGUUCCUAACUCCCUGCCUCCUGGCCUUGAUAUGAGCCUCCCAUCCUGAUAAGAAAGGCUACUGGUGCAUUGCUUUAGGACCAUGUUGUGUAGUUAAAGUAAUGGUUUAGCACGAGGGAUGCACUUAGCAGGGAUAGGUGGUAGAUAAGGGAAGGGUUUGUCUAUUGGCUAAGGUUUCCAAUGCACGAGGGCAACAUGCUUUGCUAAAAGGUGUAUAAUCUCUGUAUAACCUGCAUUCGGGGUCCCCUCCUGAUUAGCAGGGGGGCACCACGCUCAAGCAUAAUAAACUUAGUAUCUUUGGGAACUCUGCAGUUGUGGACUUUGUUCGUGUGCCUCAGCCUAGACUCAAACUGUGCGUGACCUAUCGGGUAUAAUUCGCAGCAGUUCUUGUGCGUGACCUGUGAGGUAUAAUUCGCAGCAGUUUCUGUGCGUGACCUGUCAGGUAUAAUUCGCAGCAGUUUCUGUGCGUGACCAAUUAGGUAUAAUUCGUAACAGUGUUGGCGACCACGAAGGGACUCUAGGCUCGCCCCAACAAGCAAGGCUACACUCCUCCUCUCGGACAGCUCCAGCCGGCACAGGGUGAAAGAAGUCCUGCUCCAAGGAUCCUAAGCAAACCUGCCAUUUGUUAAAACCAGGUAACUGGGUCUAAAUAAAGGUCCAUCAACAAAAGACUACUCUGGCCCCAUGCUGGAAAGGCCCUAAUUAAGUCCUGCUAACUACCAACACUGCUGUGAAGUGCCAAGGACUGACUGCCUGGACCCAUACUUCUUACUGCAAAAAGACCCCUCCAACUCGAGAUGACUUCACUUCGACUACAGAUCAGCCUGUCCCUCCUUCUGGGUUUUUUUUUUUUUCCUCCUUUUGGACAACAGGGAAAAGGACAAGAUACUGCCUGCUGCCCAUGCAACCGCUCCGAUGACUCCUUGUCCUCUAGGAUGAACACCUCUGGCGGCUCCUCUUCUAGCAGGAAGGAAAGUUCAAAACUCCUCGGACCUGUCCAGUACAUUAUGUCAGCUGUCAAUGACACCAACUUCAACUCUGCAGUGUUACUUUUCACUGGGAUACCUGGGCAGGAAGACGUCCAUCUCUGGAUUUCCAUCCCCUUCUGCUUAAUAUAUGUUAUUUCAAUAUUAGGAAAUUCAGUCAUUCUGUUCAUUAUAAAAACAGAUCCAACCCUCCAUGAGCCCAUGUACAUUCUCCUUUCCAUGUUGGCUGUCACAGACCUUGGUUUAUUGAUAUCCACCAUACCGUCAACACUGGCCGUAUUCUUGUUUAACUCUAGGGAGAUCAGCCUUGAUGCCUGUUUUGCCCAGCUGUUCUUCAUCCACUCGUUUUCGUUCACUGAAUCCUCCAUACUCCUACUGAUGGCCUUUGACCGCUUCGUUGCAAUCCAUAACCCGCUGAGAUAUGCUUCCAUCUUAACCCCAUCAAGAAUAGCCAAGAUGGGGCUAGUGUUUGUGCUAAGAGGGGUGGCCGUAAUAUUCCCACUCCCCUUUCUCCUGAAACGCUACCGAUACUGUCGAAUCAGUGUCCUCUCCCAUUGCUACUGCAUAAACCAGGAGGUCAUGAAGGCCGCUUGCUCAGAGAUCAGUGUCAGCAGCAUCUAUGGCUUGUUUGUUACAGUCUCCACGGUAGGGCUGGACUCGCUGCUCAUCUUCCUCUCUUAUGUGAUGAUCCUCAAAACAGUGCUGAGCAUUGCAUCCCACGUGGAGCGCCUCAGGGCCCUGAGCACCUGCGUCUCCCACCUCUGCGCCGUCCUGCUCUUCUACGUGCCAGUGCUCGGCUUGUCUGUGAUACACAGAUUCGCGAAGAACUCUUCUCCCUUGCUUCUAAUUCUCAUUGGCUAUGUCUACCUAGUAGUCCCACCCCUGAUGAACCCAAUUGUGUACAGCAUGAAAAGCAAACACCUUCGUGCGAGGAUAAUCAGGGUGUUUGUCAAGUGAAGGGUCAGUUCAUCACCAGGCUCCAGCACUGGUGACAUGGGAGACAAAAAACAAAGGCCACCUAUUCCAUCCUGGACACUUGCAUCUGGGAGGACAAGAGCUACUGAUCUCCACUCUGUAGGGAAAGGUUCAGAUGGGAUCUAAGGUCUGGAGCAGUGGGAGAGCGGCUGGUGAGGGAGGACAGGACACUGGGGGAAGGAGACCAAGGCAGGCAGCAGCAUUUGCAAAGUGACUGCGCUCAUCAAUAGCCAGGGGACUAGUGGGAUAUUGGCCCAUAAAGAGCCAUAUCGGUGCCUGCUCCAACCUCAGAAUUCCUGUUGAUACAGUCAGUAAAGAGAAGGGACGUGGAUGUUGUUUCCCAUUACUCCUGGCCUGUCACUCUCCCGUCUCUGGUUAAACAUCCAGGGGCCAUGAGAAAAGCUGAGCUCUGGGAUCUGUGUGAUCCAUGAUUCCUGCACCAGCUGUGGACAGGGGCUAUUCAAGGGGCAUGGACACCCACCCUUCCCCCACGCCCUCAGCCAGGUGUUUGUGACUGAGUCAUGUCAGAGGCCAUGCCAGGAAAGGCCGCUCAAGCAGCCCACCCCCACCACCCCUGUUGACGGCUCUGCACACCACACGCUUGCUGAGUCCACUCCCUAUCGAGGCAGGGCAGAGCUGCAUGUGUGAGUGAGAGUUUGACAAACAGGAGUCCUGGCAAGAGAACUCAGGUUCCCUCCUCAUCUGCUCCAUUUGUGCUGCCCCAGCAAUGCAAAGGGGUGGAAAUGGGUCUCAGCUUCCACACAGAGGCAUGGCUAACUCCUAUCCCAGCCCAGCCCAUUCAGUGUAGGGUGACCUCCCCUGAAUUGCUACCCCCUUCUCCUCCUCUUAGGUUUGCCAGGGGUCCGGUUUUCGAGCAGAAUGCCUGGUGAAAAAGGGACCCUGGUGGCUCUAGUCAGCACUACUGACCAGGCCAUUAAAAGUCCAGUUGGCAGCACAGUGGUGCUAAGGCAGGCUCCCUGCCUGCUUGGUGCCAUGUGGCUCCCAGCAGCCGUGGCAUGUCCUUCCUCCAGCUCCUAGGCAUAGGGGCAUCCAGGAGGCUCUGUGCACUGCUCCUACUCCAAGCACCAGCUCUGCAGCUCCCAUUUUCCAGGAACCACGGCCAAUGGGAGUUGCGGGGGUGGAGUCUGCAGACAGGGCAGCAUGCAGAGCCACCUGGCCGCACCUCCCAAAGGAGCCAGAGGAGGGACAUGCUGCUGCUUCCAGGAGCUGCUUGAGGUAAGUGCCGCCUGGAGCCUGAAUUCCUGACUCCUCCCACACCCCAACCUCCUGCCUCAGCCCAGAACCCCCUGCCAUACUCCGAACCCAUUGGCUCCACCCCCAGGCCUAGAGGCCAUCCUGCACCCUGAACCCCUCAUCUCUGGCCCCACCCCAGCCAGAGCCCUGACCUGAUACAACAUCCCAACACACUGCCUCAGUGUGACAAAGUGGGACUGUUCUUAAUGUUUCCUCUGAAUACUGUAGGGGUGCCUCAGUUUCCCCAGUGCAUUUCUUAAGUCUCUAGGUGGUGGGUUAAGGGGGUGGGAUUGUUGCAGAGCAAAGGGCCAGAGAUGAGGAUAAAUGGCCGACACUCUGUCUCCUGGCAACUGCUGGCCUGGGCCCUUCCCCCCUGCAAGGUGAGAGCUAAAGGACUGGAGACCAAAGGAAUCAGGUGACAUCCUGGCCCAGGAAAGGAACAAAGCCAAGAGGAGGAGGGGCUGGAGGGUAAGUCAGUUUGGGCUGGCUGGGGACGAGGCGUGAAGUGCAGACGUGGUUGUCUGGCUCAUUGCCCCCCCAGAAUGGACCCAGCUGUGGGGUCCUGUUCUCUUUACCUACAAGCUCUGUUUUAGACUGUAUUUCUAUCAUCUAAUAAACCUCUGUUUUACUGGC